AAGAAGGGCAAAGCUAGAGGCACCCCGGUAGUCGAUGGGCUGGCUCCAGAGGACAUGAGCCAGGAGCAGUGAGAGUGGCCCUUCCUGUCUCCCUCGCUGUGGGUGGGCCCCUGAUGGAGCCUGGCCUGCCCCUGUUGUCCUGGCCAGGUGGAAGAGCAUGUCGGUCGCAUCCGGGAGGAGCUGGACCGCGAGCGGGAGGAGCGCAACUAUUUCCAGCUGGAGCGGGACAAGAUCCACACGUUCUGGGAGAUCACGCGCAGGCAGCUGGAGGAGAAAAAGGCUGAGCUGCGGAACAAGGACCGGGAGAUGGAGGAGGCCGAGGAGAGGCACCAGGUGGAGAUCAAGGUAUACAAGCAGAAGGUGAAGCACCUGCUGUAUGAGCAUCAGAACAACCUGACGGAAAUGAAAGCUGAGGGCACGGUGGUCAUGAAGCUGGCUCAGAAAGAGCACCACACACAGGAGGGCAUGCUGCGCAAGGACGUGCGGGCAUUGAAGGUGGAGCUAAAGGAGCAGGAGCUGGCCAACGAGGUGGUGGUGAAGAACCUGCAGCUGAAACACACAGAGGAGAUCACCAAGAUGCGGAAUGACUUUGAGAGGCAAGUCCAAGAAAUCGAGGCCAAAUAUGACAAGAAGGUGAAGCUGCUGAGAGAGGAGCUCGACCUGCGGAGAAAGACUGAGAUCCACGAGGUGGAGGAGAGGAAAAACGGGCAGAUCCACGUGCUGAUGCAGCGCCACGAGGCGGCCUUCACUGACAUCAAGAACUACUACAACGACAUCACCCUCAACAACCUGGCCCUUAUCAACUCCCUCAAGGAGCAGAUAGAGGACAUGCGCAAGAAGGAGGACCGCCUAGAGAGGGAGAUGGCAGAGGUGGCCACGCACAACAAGCGCCUGGCAGACCCUUUGCAGAAGGCUCGGGAUGAGAUGAACGAGUUGCAGAAGCAGCUCGGGAACUACGAGAGGGACAAGCAGAUCCUGGUUUGCACAAAGGCACGUUUAAAAGUCACUGAGAAAGAGCUGAGAGACCUGCAGUGGGAGCACGAAGUGCUGGAGCAGCGGUUCGUCAAGGUGCAGCAGGAGCGGGACAAGCUCUAUGGCAAGUUCACUGCAGCCAUCCAGGAGGUGCAGCAGAAGACGGGCUUCAGGAACCUAGUGCUGGAGCGCAAGCUGCAGGCACUGAGCGCUGCUGUGGAGAAAAGGGAGGUGCAAUUCAACGAGGUGCUCGCCGCCUCCAACCUGGACCCCUCGGCCCUGACGCUCGUGUCCCGCAAGAUUGAGGAUGUUCUGGAAUCAAAGAACACCACCAUCAAGGACCUGCAGUAUGAGCUGGCCCGGGUCUGCAAGGCCCACAAUGACCUGCUACGCACAUAUGAGGCGAAGCUGCUGGCCUUUGGCAUCCCGCUGGACAACGUGGGCUUCAAGCCUCUGGAGACAGCUGUGACUGGGCAGACGUUGGGCCAGGGCCCUGCAGGACUUGUGGGCACCCCAACGUAGCUGCCCAGCCCAGGGGCCUUGGCCCACAGAGCUGGCUGGGGUCACUCUCCAGAUGACACCCCCUUUCACCUAGGACAGUAAGUUUUUGU